AGGACCCAGUGGCUGCUCGAUUCAAGCAAGGAGUGACUCCGGCACUCAGACGGAAACAGACAAAGGCGAGGGGAGAGACGGCGUGCCGCUAUCCUGCAGCAUCGACUCACACUCACAUCCACUCCCCCACACACUCCGCAAUCAGCGACGCAGACUCUCUGGAGCUGGUCACCACCCCAACACAUCUGUCACAACCACCAUAACUUUCAGUCAUCAUGGAGCUAGACUUUGGACAUUUUGACGAGCGAGACAAGGCCUCUCGUACCCCACGGGGCGGGCGUAUGAAUGGACUCCCCAGCCCUACUCACAGCGCCCACUGCAGCUUCUACCGCACACGCACUCUGCAGGCCCUCACCAAUGAGAAGAAAGCCAAAAAGGUGCGCUUCUACCGCAACGGAGACCGCUUCUUCAAAGGCAUCGUGUACGCGGUAGCCAACGACCGAUUCCGCACCUUUGAUGCUCUCCUGGCCGACUUGACGCGCUCGCUGUCCGACCACAUCAAUUUGCCACAGGGUGUGCGCUUCAUCUUCACUAUUGAUGGUGCACGCAAGAUCACAACCUUGGAUGACCUAGAGGAAGGGGAAAGCUAUGUUUGCGCAUCAGAGAACUUCUACAAGAAAGUUGACUACACAAAGAACGUCAACCCCAACUGGUCUGUGAAUGUAAAGGCCUCAGCAAGCCAGAAGAACAUGCAGUCCUUAGCUGCCAAGGCUGCCGGUGAGUCCAGGGAGACCAAGGACUUUAUUCGACCCAAGCUCGUAACGGUGAUGCGUAGCGGCGUGAAGCCACGCAAAGCCGUCCGCUUCCUGCUCAACAAGAAGACCGCGCACUCCUUCGAGCAGGUGCUCACUGACAUCACGGAGGCCAUUAAACUGGAGAGUGGCGUGGUUAAGAGGAUCUACACUCUGGAUGGCAAGCAGGUCACCUGCCUUCAAGAUUUCUUUGGCGAUGAUGACGUCUUCAUUGCAUGCGGACCAGAGAAAUUCCGCUACGCCCAGGACGACUUCUCCUUGGAUGAGAAUGAAUGCAGAGUGAUGAAGGGACCCAAAGCUCAGCGAGGUUCAGCCAAGAGUCCUGGUCCAAUCAAGCGCAGCAAGUCUCCUGCUGAAUCGACCAACGGGACAGGCUCCAGCAGCCAGCUGUCCACCCCGAUUUCCAAGCAUUCCCCCACCUCCACCCCUACCAGUCCAGGCCUCAACAACAAGCAGAAGGAUCUCUACCUGCCCCUAUCUCUGGAUGAUGAUGAUUCUCUUGGUGAAUCAAUGUAGACUCCUGGCUCCUGCUGCCACCCUCCCCUCCAGUUUUAUUUUUUUUUUCUUUGGGAUCAGAUACACAGAAGUUUUAUACCUCUGCUGCUUUCCACCUUCACUCACAGUGCCACCUGUUUAGCAUAACCCACUCUGUCUCUUUUUUAAAGGCCUUAGCCAACAGGGCUACGACACCAUUUGCUGCUUGAGAAUGGCACAAACAGAACAGAGAAAUCAUUUUUCUUGUCACAAUCAGCUCACUUUUUCCAGGUUUGUGUUUUUUAUGUGGGAUGGGCACUGUUUCUCAAAGGUUCUCACAGAUCACUGUCAUACAGAUUUCAGUGUUGAAGGAAAAAAAAAAAAUCAUUUUGAAUACAUACAUUUUUGAUAAAGGACGCACCCUAACUUUUAAACAUUUCAGUCACAGAAUUCCAAGCAGCAAAUGGGUAUUUUUAGGGGUGUUGGUCAGAAAUGACAAAACAAAACUUUUGUAUCACUUAUCGUAUUUGUGAUGUUCCUCCGUGUCCUCCUGUCCUCCUGCCCUCUAAGUGAAAGGUUUCUUGUCAGAGGAAGUCUGUUAAGCCAGUUUUAGUCUUUCUAACCUGCUGUAAAUACUGUGUAUAGCUAUCCAUCAUAACAUCUCGCCCAAUGUCCAUUGCUGUGCUUCCGUAAUGUCACUACAAUGUCUAGCAUUCGCUCAACAUGAUACAGGGUACAGUCAAAGUAAAGUGGGACAAAAAACUACAAUGAAGUCCCCUUGACAGAGGACGUGUGGGAUGCAGUCCUGACUGCGCCUCCUUAAUAACAAUUCAUAUUGCCGGCUUGAUAUAUGUAAUAACGAGGAUCUAAAACCCUCAACCUCAUGUUUUAAUUGCUGUUCAUCUUAUCCGAUCAGGCGCAGGGACGAUUAUGUAAAGAAAAGGCAUCCCACGCUUCUUUAAGUUGGCCAGUCCUCUGUUUUGACCUUCUACACAGACAGUAGGCUUUACAUGCUGCAUAACAACCCCCCCCACCCUGUGUUUUUUAGAUUGUCACAAGCGGCAGCACAUGAUGUUGUUUUGAAGGACCUAACUGUGCAUAAAAACAACCAAAGGAAGAUCCAACAGGCCCUUCUGAAGGAAGAAAAAAAAAAGCCAAUGCACAUCCAGUAUACAGUUUUUAUCGACAGUCUGAAGAAUCCCUUUUUAAAACCAGUUUAUCACAUCUUACAGUGUACUUAUUAGAAGUGAUUUCACAGAAAGUAGUGGUGACAUUUUUAUAGUUUGAAAUGAUAAAUAAAUAAAAAUAAAGGUUUCAAAGCCAAAGUAUUUUUUUUUUUUUGACCAAGACUUAUAAAAUAAAAAAAGAAAUUUAAAAAAAAGAAAAAGAAAGGUGGGAGUAUUUCAUUUUAAGCAAUUAAAAAUAAAAAUAUUGUGGAAGAAGCACACCUGGAGUUUUAUGCAUGUUACUUUUGAAAAGCAUCCAAAUAUGUCAUGCUUAAAUCAUGCUCAUCUGAGGCGGUUAGUUUUAUCAGGGCGCUAACGGUAGUGGGAUAUCUCCCUUUUUCUUGCAUGGCUCAGCAUAGUUCUCCAAUUAAGAGGGGAGGAGUGAUGAAAACGUAACAGUUGUCUAAAUCGAUGUGUGGGUUUUAAAUUUUUAUAAAGUUUAAUUUAUAUUGAGGGUACUUGUGUAGGACUUUUUAUUUCCUAGUUUUCCUUGCUCACGUGAGCUCUAAACACUUUUUUCCCCAAGCUUUUGUGUGCAAUUCUUUUAUUUCUAUCGCCAUAUUCCCCUUUUCUAUCACUUGGACUCGCAUCGUGUGUCAAGCAAAUCUACUGAAAAGGGGUUUUCUCAGAUUUUUGCAGGGAAUCGAGCCUGAGAAAUCUCUAAAUUGGACGAUGCUGAAGCACAAAGCAGGGAGCUACUUAUUCACCACAGCAACAGACACUUUACUGCCUACUUGCCAGCAUUACAAGGUGUGACUACAACCAGUUUCUCAAUAUACAGAUGACGUGCUGCAUAUGUAGCAUUCUUUUAAAUUAAUAUCUAUGCAUUUGGAAUCGAGAAUGGUUGAAAAAAAUCAGUUUGGUUUUUCUUUUCUGUACAUGGCCUUUUUAUUCUUCUUUUUUUUUUUUUUUAACUUUAACAAGAAACGAACAAACCCCAAAAUUUCCGUGUAGUUAUUCUAUUGUGACGAAGCGGCGCUCCCAAAGUUGCACAUCUUUGGAGUGAUGUGGUGCCUGCCCUGUGGAUGAGCUUUAAAUAGCAGCUUAGUGUUGCUUUAGCCCAUUACAAUCUGGUGCUGUGUCCUACACUUUUUCUCCUGCAGGGAGCGCUGUUAAACCAGCAAAACAGCUACUGUAACAUUAUCAGCUAAUCCAACAGCAGGGACACCUCACUUCACCAUUAAUUUUUUUUAUUUUUUGUACAAAAGACCCUGUUUGUUAGUCUUCUCAAACACUUAGUUCUGUAAAACUUAACGUGCUAAUACUGUUCUCGUCAGCUUGAGUUUUCUGCAGCUUAAUACGGCGCUACAGCAUACAAAACGCUUACCACAGUACGUUGGUUGACUUGUGUAAACCAGAUGCCGCCAUGUAAGAUGGAUGGUGCCUUUUUUUUCCCCCCCCUGUCUUUUCUUUUUUUUUUUCUUUUUAAAAUUACCAUCUUUUGAUAGAAAAAGUUAAACUGGGACAUAACAGGCUUGUACUUUGUUAACGGCCAUUUGUAAAAACAUUUUUAAACGUCUUAAAUGAGGAGGCCUCCAAACAUACUUUGUUUUGUAGAGACACAGGACGCUUGGUCGUGGUGUAAAUAUGCUCCCUUCCUGUUCUCUUUCAUAUGUAUGCCUUUCUGAUCGAAUGAAUGACUUUUUGUUUCUCUGAAAUUUUACAAUGUCAUUUUUAGUGGUAUUUUGCAAUGUCACAGUGGCUUGUUUCAGUGCUUCAUUCAAUGUAUUAACCGGUAUCCUUUUUGCAAUUAAAAACGAUUGUAUUUCA